AUGACUGACGUUGAGACUACGGCUAGAGAGCCUUCUUUCGAAAAGGAAGAGUCAGAAGAAAUCCAAGAAGAAAGUGCUAUUAGUGAAAAGGCUCAAAAGGAGUACAGAAUCUGGAAGAAGAAUUCACCUUUCCUUUAUGAUUAUAUAUCAACAAACUCAUUAUUAUGGCCUUCUUUAACCAUACAGUUUUUCCCUGAUCGUGCUGAUCCAGCUGUUCAAAGUGAAGGUGUAAGUGAUGUUUAUUAUCAAAGGUUGUUGCAUGGAACUUUCACAUUGGGUCAAUCUGUCGAUAGUAUCUCAGUAUUACAAGUUCCACAAUUUCAAAACUUAAACAAAAAUUUAAAGAUAAGUCAGCUUGAUUAUAGUCAAGAUAAAGAAGAAUUCGAAUUAAAGUCAUCGAGUCAUAAGAUAAAAGUGCUUCAAAAAAUCAAUCAUUUCGGUGAUAUAAAUAACUUAAAGUAUAUGCCCCAAAAUCCUAAUAUCAUAGCAGCCAGUAACAAUUAUGGAAAUAUAUCUAUAUAUGAGAGAACCAAGCAUAAAAGUUUCAAAAAUUCCAUUAUAGAUGAUACAGAGUUAAAUAAAGUCCAAAUUCAUCUCAGUAAUAAUGCUGAUGAGAAUUCCAAUGUUGAUAUAUUUGCAAUGGAUUGGAAUAAACAAAGAGAAGGAAGCAUUAUCUCAGCCAAUGUAAAGGGACAAAUUAAUUUAUAUGAUAUCAAACAAAAUUAUGCGUCUGAUAAAGAUGAUGUCUUCCCUCAUUGGUCUUUUAAAAGUGAAGGGGAAGAUGUGGGUAUAAAUGAUAUAGAGUGGUUUCCAAAUCAUGAUAGCAUGUUUUCUACAGUGGAUGAAAGUGGAUUCAUAAAGAUUUUUGAUACUAGAUUGCCAGCUUCAAAUUCUCUUACAUUAAGUCAUAGACAAUCAUCAGUUGGGGUCAAUAGUAUAAGUAUCAAUUCCGGAAGUAGUAUGUGUAUAGCUACAGGUGAUAGUAGGGGUCAUAUUCAAGUAUGGGAUAUAAGAGACUUCAAUAAAGAGUCGGCAUCAAGUUUAUAUUCCAUCACCAACCAACAUACUGAUUCAAUUACACAAUUAAAAUGGCAUCCAAAAUAUCAUAAUAUACUAGGGUCAGCUUCUACAGAUACACUGGUAAGAAUAAUGGAUGUAUCGAAUCACGAACACAACGAAGGUCUCGUAUUCCUACAUGCUGGUCAUAUGUUAGGGGUCAAUGAUUUUGAUUGGUCUUAUCAUGAUGACUGGUUGGUAGCCAGUGUUGCUGAUGAUAACUCCUUACAUAUUUGGAAACCUACACAUUCAAUAACUAGUAAAUAUUCUUUGACGUAG